AUGCAUCACUCCGCGAGUUUCGUCAUUGCCGCGUUAGCUGCGCAGGCCUCGGCACAUGGAGUGAUUACGGAGAUCCAGGGAGCCAACGGCGUCAAGAUGCCCGGGCUGUCAGUCAUCGAUAACACGCCGCGCGACUGCGCCUCGCCCUUCUGUGGCUCAGAGGCCGACACCUCCAUCAUCCGCGACGACGAGCUGGGAACCGACGCGGCCAGCGCGCUCGGCCGCACCCCAGACGGCGGGCCCGUCGACGCCGCCAAAGCCAUCUCUUCCUUCUUGGGCAACUCGGACGACUCCACUGAGGGCGCGUCGAACGAGAAGCGCGGCCUGCUCGACGGCCUCCUUGGCGGCGGUGACAGUGGUGGCGGCAGCGACGCUGGCGGCGAUUCUGGCGACAAGGGCGGCCUUCUCGGUGGCCUUCUUGGAGGCAAUGGCGGCGACAACGCCAACUCCUCCGGUAGCGGUGGUGGCCUCCUUGGCGGCCUUCUUGGUGGUAAGGGCGGCGACUCUGGCCAGGGAGACUCUGGCAGCGGUGGUGGUCUUCUCGGCGGCCUCCUUGGUGGCAAAGACAAUGCCGCCGCCGCCGACGCUGCUGCUGGCGACUCCGCCCAGAACAAAGGCGUCCUCAGCGACCUUCUCGACGGCGACGAUGCCAACUCCACCGACAAGAAGGGCCUCCUCAGCGGUCUUCUUAGUGGAGGCGACGACGGCAACUCCACCGACAAGAAGGGUCUGCUCAGUGGCCUCCUUAGCGGCAACGGCGACGGCAACUCCUCCGACAAGGACGGCCUCCUCAGCGGCCUUCUAGGCGGCGGUGGUGGUGACGACGCCGGCGGCGACAAGGGCGGCCUCCUCAGCGGCCUUCUGGGCGGCGACAAGGGUGGUUCCGGCGGCAGCGGCGGCGACGACAAAGGCGGCCUCCUCAGCGGUCUCCUUGGUGGUGGCAACGGCGACUCCAAGGACGCUGCUGCUACUGCUGCUGCCAAGCGUGGCCUCGUUGACGGCCUGCUGGGAGACUUGGGCCUCAAUGCUGACACCAGCGGCAACGACGAGGCCAAGAAGGCCGAUUUCGCCACGAAGCGCGGUCUCGUUGACGGCCUGCUUGGUGAUCUCGGUCUCAAUGCCGACACCGACAAGUCCGCUGAUGCUUCUGACUUUGCUACCAAGCGCGGCCUUGUUGAUGGCCUUCUUGGUGACCUGGGCCUGAACACCGAUACUAGUGGCGAUGCUGAGGCUAAGAAGGCCGACUUCGUUACCAAGCGUGGCCUUGUUGACGGUCUUCUCGGUGACCUUGGCUUGAAUGCCGACACUGACAAGUCUGCUGACACGGCUGAUUUCGCCACGAAGCGCGGCCUCGUCGAUGGUCUGCUUGGUGACUUGGGCCUUAAUGCCGAUACUGAGAAGCCCGCUGAUACUUCUGAUUUCGCUACUAAGCGCGGUCUUGUCGAUGGUCUUUUGGGUGACCUUGGCUUGAAUGCAGACACUGACAAGUCCGCCGACACUUCUGACUUUGCUACCAAGCGUGCUAAGCGCGGUCUCGUCGACGGUUUGCUCGGUGACCUCGGUCUCAACGCAGACACCGAGAAGUCCGCUGAUGCAUCUGACUUUGCUACCAAGCGUGGCCUUGUUGACGGCCUUCUUGGUGACUUGGGCCUUAACGCCGAUACUGAGAAGUCCGCUGACACUUCCGACUUUGCUACUAAGCGUGGCCUUGUCGACGGUCUGCUGGGCGAUCUUGGUCUCAAUGCAGACACCGAGAAGUCUGCUGAUACUUCUGAUUUCGCUACUAAGCGUGGUCUCGUUGAUGGCCUUCUCGGCGAUCUCGGUCUCAACGCGGACACUGACAAGUCUGCCGACACUUCUGAUUUCGCUACUAAACGUGGUCUCGUCAGCGGUCUGAUUGGUGACCUUGGCCUGAACGCCGACACCAGCAAGUCUCAGGAAGCCGGCAGUACUGUUUCUAAGCGUGGCCUCGUUGACGGCCUGCUGGGCGAACUCGGUCUCAAUGCUGUGGACAGCAACGCAGGCCAGUCUGAGGGCUCCGAGGUCCAGGCUAACAAGCGUGGCCUUGUUGGCGGCCUUCUCGGCGACCUUGGCCUUAACGCGGACACCGGCAACUCUCAGGGCUCCGACAACUCCCAGGGCUCCGAGGUCCAGGCUAACAAGCGUGGCCUUGUUGAUGGCCUCCUUGGCGACCUGGGUCUUAACGCUGAUACCGACAAGUCUGCUGAUGCCUCCGACUUCGCUACUAAGCGUGGCCUCCUUGACAACCUCCUCGGUGGUCUUGGUGGCGGUUCUAGCAACGUCAAGAAGGCGGAGGGCACUGAAACCCCCGCUGGGACCUCGGAGCAGGGUGUCCUCAAGGCUGCAGGCACUGGCGCCAAGUCCGGCCUGCCGACUGCGGAAGACGACGGCACUAUCAGCAUGACUUUCCACCAGGUCAACCAGGACGGCGCGGGAGCCUUGAGUGCCGCCAUCGACCCGUCUUCUGGCGGCACCGACCCCGACGCCUUCCAGGAUGCCGAGAUCACCCAGGACGUGCCCGGCCUCGGCAAGACGGGGAUUUCUCUCGCUGCGAAGACCGACUUCCCGAUCAAGGUUAAGAUGCCCGAGGGCAUGAAGUGCUCUGGCACGGUCGGCGGCGCCAAGAAUGUGUGCAUUGUUCGCGUCAAGAACGACGCCAUUACAGGUCCGUUUGGUGGCAGCGCUGCUUUCACCCAGAGCACGGCCGGCCAGAAGCGCGCCGUCGACCACAACCUCAGCAAGUUCCACUUCACGCGCGGCAUCCUCGGCAAGCCCAGCCUGGAGUAA